UCCGUUGCGGUGUGCUCGAGCGGUAUCCCGUCUUCGGCCUCCUCAUCCGUUUCUUUCUCCACCCAUGGGUCCACAGCCUCUGAGCGAUUCCAGAUCACCGAGCAGGUGAUAAAGCCAGUAAACAUGGCGAGGGGAGCAAAGAACGUCCUGCAGACCUGGUGGUCGAAUGUCUCCAAGCCGAACUUUCGGGAGACAUCCGAGGACGCGCCCGGCCUGCCGCUGAGCAACUAUACCACAUCUGAACGCCAGACGCCUCCCGGAGUCCGCCUCCCGGACAAGAGGGUGCCGAGCUCACACCUGACUCUGCACCAGUUCUUGUAUAUCGCCGGCUCGCAUGGCAUCGGCGCCCUGAUCAUCUCGGGCGGGAUCAACUUUGCCCUCGCCUAUGCCAUGUACACCACAACGGAUGACCCAAUAAGGCUAUGGCAGUUCCCCAACACGCUGGCUGGUGACACGGCCGUGACCAUCAUCGUGCAGUGCCUGAUGACAUGGAUGAUCGAGAUGUUCAUCGUGAACCGGGACCUGCGCAAGGGCAACAUCCAGCCGAUAGGCUUCAUCUCGGAGCCCAGCUCGACGGAGCGCCUGAGCCGCUGCAUCCGCUGGUUCAUGCUGCUCGACCAGUCGAAGCAGCUGCGCAAGCGGCGGGGGAGCAUAAAGCGCAAGGCGCUGUACGUGCUCGCGCAGGCCGUCCGGGCCCUCAUGGUGGCCUUCGUCAGCUUCUGCAUCCUGUUCGGCCCGUCCGUCGGGAUCCUGACCGCCGUCGGGUCCAAGGUCGGCGCUGGCGGCGAUUGGGUCUACGCCUCGCGUUGGGCACCAGAGAUCUUCAAGCUGGUCCUCGGCGGGGUGCUGGCGGUCAUGACGACGCCGUUUUUUGCCAUGUUCUGGAUGGUCAAGUGCGGUUGGAACGGGGGCAUCCACGAGGCUGUUAUGAUUAACGGGAACGAGUACAAGUAAUGAGAGACGUCAUGGGACAUGACGGGAACAGGACGAAAUUACGACGGAAUGAGACGUGAACAUGACACGACCUCACAAUACGACAGAACGACAUGAUAGAAUCGAUUACCUUUCCUCCUCCACACAGCACGAAACCAUGAUGGAAAACUUUUCCGAGCACGGGGGGUCGAGCGGAAAUGAACGGCGUCGUAACGGCAACCGUGGGGGAUGGAACCACAGCAUUGAACAUGCCCGCGAGCCCGGGUUGCGGGCGACGCGGGCCGGCGCGGUUACGGCGUCGACGUUUUGACGUUUUAUGACCCUUACUCUUUUGUUCCAAGACAGGGCCCGGGGAAUUCGCCCGGCUCACGUUGGACAUCUGCCGGUGGUUGGUCUCGCAGGCUCGAGUCGGACCAGGCCCGGUCACGGCUGCCUUGGCGUGUCGUGAUGGCGAACUCUGACACCCACCGUUGGCGAAGCCUAUGAUCAUAUUCAGCGAGUCGCAUCUGAGCUUGCAGGUAGAGCGAGAGGAAGGGGCUUUGAAGAGACAGGGAGAGAACAGGAACAAACCGGGGAGAGCAUCCACAAUUCAUGUCACGGGUCAUGCUCGCUGAGCGGGGGGAGAUACUAGACUUUAGCUUAUCACGACCGAAGAGAAUGAGGGCAUCCAGCUUGCCGAUCCUCACAGUCCUCAUCCCCGCCUUUGUUAGCCCACAUGCCCCUGACAUGAGAUGGUCGGGUUCCUUGAUAGAGCCAGGUCCUGUGACGCUUGGCUGGCGCGGAAGAUAGCCCAGUUUGAGGAUUCGAGCUGUCGAGUUGGCAAC